GGUCGUAGGAUAUUUACGCAUAGGAGACACCGACUUUGGCUUGAAUUCAUAGUUUGUAUUCUUUUGAUAAACAGCCCUGUUAGGUUACACCCUAAUAGCGAUAAUAGGAGUAUAUUUUGGAGGAUGCCUACUUCCUGAGGAAUUUUGCAGUGGGGUAAGAUUUUCUUCCCAUUCAGAACUGAAAUCAUUCAGCAAACAAUCUUGAUUAUCUACGUUCCUACGUGGCAUUUAAAAACCGGUACUGUUUAAACAAUUCUAUAAAUCGCUCAUCAGCAUGUCCUCGAAAAGGAUUUUCAACAUCAUAGUGAUCACUUCAACAUUUUGGUUUUCUGUAACUAUACUAGUUUUGAUGUUCAAUAGUGAAGUUACGCGGGAAUCCUUAACAAUGUUGAACGCUCCGAUCGUUUUGGAUAAAAGCGACCAUCAUUACAUGACUGGUGCAGGAGUGCAACCUUUACGGCCCGUUGAAAAGCACAUUAAAUAUCCAUGGGAAAAAGAUACUUCUGAAAAGCCUUCAACAAGGGACGGUAUUUUGUCUAAUGCUGCUAAGGUUUUGGGCGGUGUGAUUUCAUCGAACUCUGAGGGUUCUAGAACAAGGACAGUUUACGAUGCAAGUUUAGCUAAACGCACCAACCCAGGCGGUUUAGGAGAAAAUGGACAACCAGCCUUUUUGACCGAGGAAAAAGAUAAAAAGCUUUCUGAAGAGCGUUUCGGAGAUCACUCUUUCAACUGGGUCCUUAGUGAUAAGAUAUCAUUGGACAGGACUUUGCAAGAUAUGCGGAGUGAUGGGUGAGUGUUCUGGCUAAAUUAUCUACCUGUAGUUAUUUAAAUUUUUAAUGCUCUUGAAAAUAAUGGCUGGUGAAAGUCAUCUUGAUGAUUUUCUGUUUUCUUAACAGAAAAUUGUUAGCAUCACUGGAUCAGUGGCACAUUGCAUUAAAUCAGAUAUUUCCAUCCACCUACAGUAAUCUCUUUUUGUAUUAAUCCUCUUGUUAAUAGCGUUUUAGUGGAGACUAGACACUUAACUGAUAAAAUGAAGAGCUAUUCAUGUAAUUUUUUUCUUUCCACUGUUGUGUAGGAUUUGCCAUCUACAGUUCUUCUAAAAUUCCAUACAUGUUGAUGCUUUUGAUUCUUUGUAGAAAAUAAAACCACCUUGUUAAUUAUUUAUUUUAGUAAAAUCCAGCUAGUGGUCUAUCAUCAAUGCUGCAUUCUGAUUGGUUGAGCUACUACUAGGCUAUAUGUUAUAGCCCCCUAGUAGCAAAAAGUGUGGGCUUUUUGGCGGCAAAAAAGGAUUAAAGUCUAGCUUUAACUAGCUAAAAGUUUUUUACUCUCGAUAUUUUUGACCAACUAGUUGGAUUUUACUAAAACAAUAAUUAUUCCUCUCGCCCUCAUGGCCUCUGAGUCAAUAGUUAUUAUUAUUAUUAUUGUUGUUAUCAUUAUUAUUAUCAUUGUUCAUGUAGCUGGUGGCUUUGGUUCUUCUCAUGCUGACUUAUAUCCUAAGGGAGCAAGUGAGAACAAAUGACCAAGGGUCCUAUGGGAAAUAAUAAAUAUCAAUGAUAUUAUUAAUACUAUCAUUAUAAUUAGAGAUUUUUGGAUGUAGAAUUAUAAAGUAGCUUUUAUCCAAGCACUCUGUAUUGUUGUCCAUAAAUCAGACCACAUUACACAGUAAAACAGAAGAGGUUUAAGCAGCUGUUUGGCAUAUGGAAAUGAACCUGCUAGUGUUGUUGUUUUUUUUUUCAGUUAAACUUUAGAUUGAGCAUAAUAAAGAAUUUAAACAAUACUCAAUCUGUUUUACAGUUGUAAAGCCAAAUUUAACAGUUACCCAGCCAAGCUUCCAACUACUACUGUCAUAAUCUGCUUUCAUAAAGAGCGGCUGUCUGUCCUCCUGCGCACUGUUCAUAGUGUUAUUAACAGGACACCUCCUGACCUGUUAAGUGGAGUUAUUAUUGUGGAUGACUUCAGUGAAGAUGGUAAGUAAAACAAAAUAAUAAUUUAGAAUUAAAAAGGAAAACUCAUUUACUGUCACAAACAAUAAAUAUUUCUUUAGAGUAUUAUUUUCAUACAGUUUUCUGAAAUGCCAUUGAUCUUUAGAUUGGACUACAAUCUGCAUCGCAGAUAAACACUUGUCACCACAAUGAACUAUUUAAUCUGUAACAUCUCUUAUUGUUCUGGUUAGCAACAGAAUGGAGUGACUAUUUUAACAAAAGAACAGGGUCAAAGUUCCAAAUUCAUAAUCAUAUUCAACAUCAUACUUACAGUCAAAUCUUUUAGGUUGCUAUGAACAGGUGUUUUAUUGUCAGGGGUAAUUACUUUUUGCAUUAGGGUUUUUUGCCUGAGUUAAUGUUUUUUUGUUUUGCAGCACUUACCUACCACUUACGGUAAAAUCCAUUUUCGCUUUUUAAUUUCAAGCUUACAGUUGUCAUGGUCUGCUAGCAAAACUAUAAAAAUUAGUAACAGUAAAUGAUUAAAUACUUUGAGGCUGCAUUUUUGAUGUAUGUUAAAGCACCGCUAAUUCAUUAUUACUAUUUGAAGCUAUGGUACUUCACCAGAUUAAGAAGCAAGCUUUAAUGCUACAUACGUAGCCAUGAAAAUGAAUGACUUCUCACUAUCAUUCUCACUAUCAAUAAUCAGGUGAAUUGUUGAUCUUUUCCUAUAGAAAGACUUGGCAAACCUUUAGACGAUCAUGUGGCCACCAUGAGUAAAGUGACAGUAAUAAGGAACACUAAGCGCGAGGGGCUUGUACGUGCACGCCUAAAGGGAGCCAGAGCUGCUAAGGGUGAUGUCCUUACAUUCCUGGACUCUCACUGUGAGGCAACACCAGGUUGGGUGGAGCCUUUGUUGGCACGUAUAGCUGAAUCACGCUCCAAUGUCGUGUGUCCAGCAAUUGAAGUGCUGAAUGCUGAUACAUUUGCGUACCAGGGAUCUGCUAAUGCUGAUCAACGAGGAGGAUUUGGAUGGGAUCUGUUCUUCAAGUGGAAGGGAAUUCCCCCAGAGGAGCAGAAGCUCAGAAAGGAUCAUACUGAUCCCAUCAGGUUGGACCUUGUUUUGGAGUCAGAAUCUUCUUUUCUUUUUUUUUCAGUCAGUGGCCACUAGGUUGUGUGGGCUACCAUACCAUAGUCUUGGAGAAUAAAAAUCCAUCUUGCCCAUUCAUCUUUUUGUUGUUGGUCAGUAAUACAGUUAAUGGUUAGAACAAAAAGCCACAUGAAUAACCGCAGCGAUAGUGGCAUAGAGCACAUUCCCUAAUUUCUCUCAUAGGAACUUUCUCUAUGUAGCUUUAAUGUUUGUUAAAACAAUGUUUUAUUAUUUGAUGAGAUCGUCAAACCCUCUAAUAUGUCACUUUUUAGGUAAAAUCCAACUAGUGGUCUAUUAUCAAUGCUGCAUUCUGAUUGGCUGAGCUACUACUGGGCUAUACAUUAUAGCCCACUAGUAGCGAAAAGCGCCGCCUUUGAAAACCAAAACAGUGGUGGCUGAAUCGGGUUUUGCUAGCUGAAGUUGUUUUGUGUCAAUAUUUUUGACCAACUUGUUGGAUUUUACUAAAACAUGGGCUGUUGACUCAGAGCCCAUUCAGGCUCGAGGAAUAAAUGCCAAGUAUUUGUUAAUUGCAGGACGCCUACCAUGGCUGGAGGAUUAUUUUCAAUUCAUAAACAGUAUUUCUUUGACACUGGCUCCUACGAUGAGGAGAUGGAUAUUUGGGGUGGAGAAAAUCUUGAGCUUUCCUUUAGGGUAAGGUGCUGUUAUGAUCACACUAGUUUGUUUCUUGUUGUAAGCGUUCAAAUCAAAAUAUAGGGAUAGAGCAUGCAAACCACCGCAAGUCACUUGUCUUAAAUCUAUGCAAGUUAAGACUAGAAGUAACCAGGGUUUACUAACAACAUAAAACCUUAAUUUUGUAAAUAUCUAAUAGCCCACGUUAGAUAUAUUAAAAUUCUAACAUGACUUUGAGGCUUUAGGGUCAAAAUUGCAAAUUAUUCACGACUCCAUUGUCUUGCAAUUCCCAGAAGAGAAUUGAGCACAAAGAUAACCAAACCAAAUAUAGAAAAAUGAUCUUAAAGACUCGGAGUCACGUUAGAAUUUAUAUAUAUCGAACGUGGGCUAUUUAGAGCGCUCUUAGAUCUGCGUUUGUUUUGAAGAGUGUCUUGCAGGCAUGCCCGCGGACCACCGAAGCUGUCCCGAAGAUGAUGAUUUGUUCAUUAUUGCGUAUCGUGUUUAGGUCUGGAUGUGCGGUGGGCGCCUGGAAAUCGUACCAUGCUCGCGUGUUGGUCACGUGUUCCGAAAGUACACCAGUCCUUAUAAGUUCCCGGAUGGAGUAGAGAAAACGUUGAACAAGAACUUUAAUCGUUUAGCGGAAGUAUGGAUGGAUGAAUACAAGGAGCUGUACUAUAACAAGAAACCUCAGGCACGAAACAUGGAUUAUGGGGACAUCAGCGAACGAGUGGCACUCAGGAAAAAACUGGGCUGCAAAAGCUUCAAGUGGUACAUAGAAAACGUGUAUCCUGAUGUUCAGAUGCCCGAGCUGAACCCACCCGCAAGUGGAGAGGUAAAAUUACUUACAGACUAUCCCUGGGGGAGGGGGGGCUACUUUACAAAGCUUCACCCGGGGAGGCUCCGCCCUAAGAUCCAAGCCCUUUCCCUUUUAUAAACCAUUUUUGGUAGAAAAGGUACCUCUUUCGUAUACCUUCUACUGACAAAAUUAAUGGUUCUACCCCUUUCACAUUCCAAGUUUAGAAAACUGCAUGGCGGACUACGCGUUUUGUUUCUUCCCCCAACAGACCCCCCGACCUGGAAAGUCGUAGCAUGCCACGUUUUUUGUUAGAUAAGUUUUUUGUUUUCUCCAGAGACAUUCAGCUGCUGUUUGUCUUUUGUGCUUGUUUAUUGAAUCAUUAAAAUGUUAGCUACGUUGUAUUAGGACGUCCGUGAGUUCUUUCCAGGACGAAUAGAAGCAAUGUUUUGAAACAAAGACGCCUAAAUUGCAUCACUGUCAGAUCAUAGCGCAAGUUCCAGUCAUUGCAAAAAGCAACUGAGCUAAAAUUAGGUCAGAAAAAAAAAUUGAGAUAAUUACGUGCUUUUUUAACUAGCCAUGGGUUUGUAACAAGUUUGGCAGAAGUAGCACGUGGUUAUUAGCAUUUCCUUGAAUGGUCCAUAUACUUGUAGGUGACUCAUUUUCUCUCUUUCAUAUGUGCUCGCAGGUUCGUAAUCCUGCCAGCGGUUACUGUCUGGAUUCCCUUGGUGCCAAACCUGAACAUUCAGCUCGUAUGGGAGUUUAUAUCUGCCACGGACAAGGUGGAAAUCAGGUGGGUAUUGAUAAACCAAUCAUAGAGUUUGAUGUCACACAUGUGACAGAGCUGCACGUUCAGUUUCGCAUGCUUUCGCUGAUGUAAUUUGCUGUUAGAAAGCGGCGAGAACAACGACGACGUCAUAGCACAGAGUUUUGUAAAUAAAUUAGUGCAUAUGAUUGUCUGUUCGACUGUCUUUCCUUCUUUUACUAUGCAAACUGGAGCGCCGUACUUAAACCUUUUUCGUACUUUGAUUACUUGAAAAAAAGGUCUUUUUGGAGGAGCGAAUGGUAGUGAGUCUGUCAUCUUUCUUGGUAUGCUGGUAUUAAAGGUCGCUGUUGAGUGAACUAGUAAUAGGCCACACGUCACCUUUGAAAGAUCGUAUAAUUACUUUUGCGACUGAGCCAGCGUAAAAUGUAAAUAAUAACGCUGGAUUGUGCAUUUAUUAAAGAUGCUGAUACUGUCGUCAAAAGGCGAGAUAAUAUUCGAAGAGGAAAACUGUUUGGAUGUGUCAAAGUCGUAUGCAGGUGCACCAGUAGAAAUACUCAAAUGUCAUGGAAUGGGAGGAAAUCAAAAGUGGGAACACAGCAAAGCAUCGGUAAGUCAGUUGUACAGCAGUUUGUAGGUGUAGCGGAAUAUUCCUUAAAACCCCAGCUUUAAGGAAUAACAGUUUUUUCAAAUAUUUUUCCGCUUCUGGUGCUGUUACAGCAGCGACUAUUUCUCAGAUUAUAGGUUGUACGUCUGAAACUAUCGCACGUAUUCCAACCCCUCUCUAUAUAUGCCGUGUUGCCCAUAACUGAUCACUACUUUGCGAAGACUGAUUAUUAAUGUCAGGGACAAAGACAGAACGGAAGAAAGACAGGGAGCAGUAUACAAGAUCAAAUGCUGUGACUGCCAGGCCACUUACAAUGGUGAAACCGGCAGAAACUUAAGCAUGUGACUGACGGAUAACACACGAGCAACAAGAAAUGAUGAUGUCAUCAAUACCAUUUACAGUCAGACAAGGCAUCGCAUCGAUAGGGGGGUCGGCUCUGCUGAAUGUAUUACGUAUUCUACAAGCUUUUCCCGACGACUUACUGUAAUGUCUAACAUGACUGGUUCUUGCAUUUAUAGGGUAUCAUCAAACAUUCAAGCACAGGUCAGUGUUUAGACCGAGGACAAGCUGGUGGACAGUACGCUGUGAUGAACCCUUGCGAUGGUCGAGAUUCCCAAAAAUGGCUGUUUUCUAAGUACAAGGACUCAUGAAAAAUGUCUUAUGACACCUGUCAGAGACACAUCCCUUUAGUCAUAAAUUAAAAAUUGAUGUAAGCAACGACAGUCAGUUGGCAUCCGCCAUAUAACCGAAUUAUCAUGAAAUAAUCCGAUUGUUGACUUUUUCAAUACACAGGACACUUUAUGUCCGCUUAUUUAAGGUUUGGAUGUAUGCCACUAAGUCUACCGAGCCACAGCCAAUUCUCACGCAAACAUUUUUAUGAUAACUGUUCUUAACCCACGCGCUGUCUCUUUUGUAUUGUAAUUUAGAGAACGAGUGGCUAUGGUCCACUUUAAAACGUUCCAUGAAACGUGACUGUCGCGAGAGCGCCGGCGUGAAUUAAAAUAACGUGUGAAAGUCCGCGAUACAGGCAGCCAUUCCUUGCAAAUUGGCUUUUUUACUUUUCGCUAUGUUAUAGAGAAGAACUGAAAAGCUAUGCUGGUAGUUUUGUAUACCAUAGUUUUUAUACUUGAAAUUUGCAACCGAGAUAUUCAUGUUAGUUUGUAGACACUGAUUUACAACGAGAAGUCUAGACCGUUUAUUAGAAGUUUUGAAAUCCCAGGAAAAAAUUCCCAUUUGUUAUGACCGAAGUGUUUACCGGUUUCUUCGAAUGUCACAUCGCCCAACUCAGCUAGAAACGCCUUUUUCGUGUAAUAUGGUAUGUUAUUUUUAGAAAAUGUUCAAAAAAUAUAUGAUGCGAUUGUAUAAUUACAAAAAAUUACAAUUCAGUUUUAUAAUUUCAUUAUUAUAAC